GGCAGCGGGCUGUUGGUGAUUGACCAGCUUCUCUCCCUGAUCUGUCAGCCGGCUGGAUUGGCGCCUCCCCUCUCCUCUAUAAAUGUAGGAAAUCUAUUCAUUCCUUUCACAUCGAGCCUGCUGAAGUAGGAGGAACUGUGAACCUCAACGGGAUGUGUUGACAGGCUAGAAUUCCGCCUUUCCGUUUAUCUUAUUCUCUCGCUAAUUUGCGACCGUAUUAGUUCUUUUUCUGUGUUAACAGUGCCGUGGUAUAAUCUCAAAUACCUCCUGCUACCAGUAGUGUAAUUGUUAGAUUUUUUUUCCGUGUCUUCUCUCUGAGCCGUUGGUUAUCUAAGAUGAAGGCUGUUACUCCAGUCCGCCCCCAGGACUCCUCCUCCAGCGGCAGCCAGCUCUCCCUGCACUAUCUGUCGAAGCAGAGCUUCAACAUCGCCCGGUGCAGGAUGGAAGAGGAGGAUAUGUUCUGUCUGCAGUACGACAUGAACGACUGCUACAGCCGGCUGAAGCGCCUGGUGCCCACCAUUCCGCAGGAUAAGAAAGUCAGCAAAGUGGAGAUCCUCCAGCAUGUCAUAGACUACAUUCUGGACCUGCAGCUGGCCCUGGAGACGCACCCUUCUCUCCAUAAACAACAGCCACAGCUGACUGGGACCUGCCCUCCUCGAGCCUCGAACCCCAACAGGACACCGCUGACGGUGCUGAACAUUGAUCACCACCAGAGGACGUCAAUAGUCAAAAAGCCGGAGGACUCGAUUUUAUGUCGCUGAGACUUGAGCACUGCAUUGGUGUGCAGGCUGCACAGAGCCGCUCCAAAGCCAGCAAAGCUUCGCCAGGGACUCACACCCAACUGGAGGCACAAUCACAAGGGGAUUUCAAAACCGCUGGGAGGAAUUAAACCCAAAUAAAAUCACUAUUCAUAUCAGCUUUUUUUUUUUCUUUUUUUUGCUUCCAUUGAACAAGGACUCAGUGUGUAGACACCCCCCUUCUCGUUCCUCCUGCUUAAGUUGCCCUCACUUCUUGUCACUUUUUUUUUCUAAAAGAGUGAAAAAAAUGGGAUCCCCAGGCUGAGAAGUUUUUCUUUUGUUGGAAACCCAUCUAUCAACAGCUAUGAAAACUGUUUGUGAAUUGUGCUUAAAGAGUAACUAAAAUGACUCCAGUUUAAAGCUUUACUAAACUGCGAAAAAUCCUUGUACAUGUUUUGGACAUCUAUUGUUUAAAAUAGAUGAUUUGUGUUGAACAGGGAUGUCAUCCCUGGUAUCUUAAAAUGUUUGAUAUUGUAAAGAAGAACAAUUCUGAUUCGAGACAAAUAAGAUUGUAAAUAUAGAGACGCAAAUGUUCUAUAAAAGUAUGUGAAAGGAAGACUUAUAUGCUUAAAAUAGACUAUUGUAAUUAUAAGAUAUUUUUAUUAAAACCUUUUUUUCUGUCAUUAUGUAAAUAUUGUGUUUCCACUUUAGUGAAUGAACGUGGUUAUGCUCUGCCAAUAAUGUCCUCACAUGAUGAUAUCAGUUAACUCUUUGCAGUGUUUUUUGGAAUAGUUUAAUAUGUAGCAUGUCAGGCUCAUUGCAGAGAUAUUGAAUGUGCACUGAAGCAGCCCCGCCUGUGUAGUUACGUGGUGGAGUUCUACACAAGUUCCUCGAUUAUUUGACGCGCUCCGCUUUCUCUCGAAUUGUUUUUUGUACUCAUUUACUUUGACAACUUUGACCCACUUGGAGAGCCGGGUGGGCCUGCUGUUUGAACUUUAAAAGAAAAAGAAGGGGGCUUGGUUUGAUUCUGUUACAUUGCACUCUUGUUAAAAAGUGAUCAUAAUAGUUACAGCACUUCUGACAGUGUUUACAAUGUAAAAAAAAAAAAAAAAAAA